AUGGCGACCCAGACCCAGACUCAGACUACGACCCCCGACGCACCCUCCAAGGUGGUCGGCUCGAUCGCAACCCGCGCGUCCUACGAGCCCCUCUCGCGGAACAACGCCCUCGACGCGCACGAGCACCACAGCGUAACCCCUCACAUCGGCGAGGAGUUCCCCAACGUCCAGCUCUCCUCCCUCCUCCGCUCCCCCGAUGCGGACAAGUUGAUCGCCGACCUGGCGGUGCUCGUGUCGGAGCGCGGCGUCGCCUUCUUCCGCGCGCAAGACCUCUCGCUCGAGGACCAGAAGACUCUGGGCCGCAAGCUGGGCGAGUUGUCAGGCAAGCCGGCCGAGUCGGGGCUGCACAUCCACCCGACGACGCACGCGGGCGCGAAGAAGGGGGACGAGAUCUCGGUCAUUUCGUCCGAGACCUUUGACUCGUAUUCCGCCAACGACCGCUCUCUCCUGGCCUCAGAGGGAUGGCACAGCGACAUCACCUUUGAGCCCGUGCCCAGCGACUAUGCUAUUCUGAAGGUGCACACGUCUCCCGAGACGGGCGGCGACACGCUGUGGGCAUCAGCCUACGAGGCGUAUUCGCGCCUCUCGCCCACGUUCCGCGAGUUCCUCGAGGGCAAGAAGGCAGUGCACGAGGCCAAGUUCUUCGAGCGCGUCGCACAGGCCCGCGGCCACACCCUCCGGGACGAAGUUAGGGGCCAUCCCGCCAACGCGGGGGCGGAGCUCAGCGCCGUCCACCCCAUCGUCCGCGUCAACCCCGUCACGGGCUGGAAGGGGCUGUACGUCAACCCGGCGUUCACGCGGCGCAUCCUGGGCGUGACGCGGGACGAGUCCGAUCUCCUUCUGAACCACCUCUACGCCCUCGUCAGCCGCAAUCACGACUUGCAAGUGCGUUUCAACUGGACGACCUAUUCGCCUGAAUCGGGGCUCGGCGACAUUGCCAUCUGGGACAACAGGAGCACGUUCCACACCGCCACCCAAGACUAUGGCCGCACCCUGCGUGUAGGUGACAGGGUGGUCAGUCUCGGUGAGAAGCCGUACUACUCCAAGGACGGCAAGGAGCGCCGGGCCGCCCUCGGUCUCGGCCCGGCGGCGGCGGAGCGCAACCUCGGCCAGAUCGCGCUGCAGCUGCACGGUGUCAAGAUUGCCGAGUAG